UGUAUCAAUGGCCGUGAAAGCCUCAAAUCUAGUAUAUAUUGUUUUAUUCUAACUUGUUGCAGCGUGCAGUGUGCACCAGUUCAGAAAGUUCUUCGAGAGAAUACAGAUUUAUCAUGCGCUUCUAUGACUUUUAUUUUAUCAUUAUGUCAUGAAGUAGUAUAUUUAAAUUGAAGUCGCAUCACGUGAUUCAGAAAGGCAAUUGCAAUAGGAAUAAAUACUAAGUGACCUAACCUAGGAGAAUGAAAUUAUUUUAUUUAAAGCAAAGGAACAGAAUAAACAAACGCACCGUAAAUUACGAAUUAGCAACAAGAAAGAUAUAAUAUUAAUAUAAUAUAUAUAAUAUUAAAUAUAAAAAAUAAUUAAUUUAAGAUAAAACAAUAUAGUACAAAACAACACACACAUGAACCAGGUUUCCUUGGAGUCAACUGUAACUUUACGAAUAAAAUCCAAUUUGUCAAUCAUGAAACUUACAAACCCAUUCCUAUAUACAGGGUUAUGGAACCAUCGGAAGAAACUAAAUUACCUGAAAAGUUAGAAGAUGCAUUAGUGCUAAAAAUGUACCAUAAUAUGAUAACACUGAGUGUGAUGGACAAAAUUAUGUACGAAUCUCAACGACAGGGACGCAUUUCUUUUUAUAUGACAAAUAGCGGCGAAGAAGCUCUGCAGAUCGGUUCCGCCGCUGCUUUAACUUUGGACGACAUGAUUUACGCACAGUACCGCGAAGCUGGUGUCUUGUUGUAUCGUGGGUAUCCAGUAUCAAAGUUCAUGAACCAAUGUUACGGCAAUUGCGAGGAUGAAGCCAAAGGCAGGCAAAUGCCGGUACACUAUGGCUCCAAAGAGUUGAAUUUUAUGACUAUCUCGUCUCCGUUGGCAACUCAAAUGCCACAAGCUGCAGGAGCUGCUUAUGCCUAUAAAUUGAAUAAAAAAAAGUCGUGUGUGGUUUGCUAUUUUGGCGACGGUGCAACGAGUGAAGGUGACGCCCAUGCAGCAUUUAACUUUGCAGCCACGCUAUCGUGUCCCAUCAUUUUUAUCUGUCGAAAUAAUGGAUACGCUAUCUCCACGCCAGUCAAAGAGCAGUUCAAGGGAGACGGUGUCGCUGCCAAAGGUCCGGCUUAUGGAAUUAACACGAUCAGGGUGAACGCUAAUGAUGUGUUCGCGGUAUACUUUGCUACAAAAACUGCCAAAGAGUUCUGUAUAAAACAACAGAAGCCAGUUUUAAUAGAAGCUAUGACUUAUAGACUCGGACAUCAUAGCACAUCCGACGACUCUACCGCCUAUCGCUCGGCCGAUGAGAUAGCCAAAUGGAAUGUUCACACACCACUUGCCAAGUUUCGUGCAUAUUUGGAGUCACGUGGAUUGUGGUGUCAAGAGAAAGAGCAGGAGUUAAUAAAUUCUACAAAGAAGGAAGUUCUUCGUGUUUUCGCGGAGGCAGAGAAAAAAUUGAAGCCACAUUGGAAAGAACUGUUUACAGACGUUUAUAAGGAUGUUCCUUGUCAUAUAAGAAAUCAAAUGAAUCUAAUGGAAAAGCAUCUGGAAGAAUUCAAGGAACAUUAUUCAUUGAGUUCCUACACAGGCACUAAAUAGAGAGAGGAUAUUAUAUACAAAAUUUGCCACAAGUACAAAUAAUUUUGCACUUUUGUUUUAAUAAAGUUUGCUUUGAACUAA